ACUAAAAACUUUUCUCUCAGAGCAGACAGCUUAAAGCCAGAGUUUGUUGUUGUGCCGGACAAGCAUGGAUUUAAUGGAAUUGUUUUUCAUCUCUCUUGGCACUGCAGUUAUUGUCUGCUAUGGAGUGAAACUGCUGCUUUUUAGUAGGAUGCUUUUUCCCAAGAUGUGGUUUCCACUGUCAAAGUCCUUUUUCACCUCUAUGGGAGAGUGGGCAGUUGUGACCGGUGCCUCAGAGGGAAUAGGAAGAGCAUAUGCAUUUGCACUGGCUGAGCAAGGAAUGAAUGUUGUAAUCAUGAGUAGAACCAAAGUAGCCCUGGACCAGGUGGCCAAGGAAAUAGGUGAUACCACAGGGCAGAAGGUGAAAGUUAUAAUAACAGACUUCAUACAAGAAAACGCCUUCAGUGAAAUUGAAGAUCAGCUUAGGGACCUCAACAUUGGGGUUUUAGUCAAUAAUAUCGGCGUACUGCCCAGCUACAUCCCCUGCAAAUUCCUUGAGUCUGCAGAGCUGGACCAGACAAUCACAAGGGUGAUAAACUGCAAUGUAAAAACUGUGGCCAAGAUGUGCAAAAUAAUUCUUCCAGGCAUGGAGAAAAGGAGAAAAGGGGUGAUUUUGAAUAUUUCGUCAGGAGCUGCCUCUGUUCCAUUCCCCCUGUACACCCUGUAUGCUGCAUCGAAGGUGUUUGUGGAAAGAUUUUCCCAAGGUCUACAAGCUGAAUACAAAGAUAAAGGGAUUAUCAUACAGGCAGUGUCUCCAUUUGGGGUUUCCACUCGGAUGGUAGAUUACCAAACAACCAACAUGAUGAUCCUAUCACCAGAAGACUUCGUAAAAAGCUCCCUGCAGUACCUCAGAGCUGGAGACAAAACACACGGCAGUGUCUGUCACAUACUUCUGGGCUGGUUACUGCAAUCAAUUCCCUCCAAGGUUCUCUAUGCAGAGUAUGUACAGCACAGUCUACAAGACUAUGUGAAGAAGAAAGCAGCACAGAGGGCAUUAAAUGCAACCUUUGAAAAUCAUAAAAAUAAAUAACCAGGAACAGCAGUGUCAAGACGUUUGGCCUUAUUAUUACUCAAAUGAUGUUGACAAACCUAAGUUUUCUGUUUCUCAUUUAAACAUAGUGGUAAUUGUUGUACACCAUGUAUCAUUAUAAUGACUUGAAUGAAUGAAUGAUUUUUGUUCAUGUAAAUUGUGACAUUGUGGGCAAGCCACCCUCAGGAGAGCGCCUUUAUGAAUGGUAUGUUUCCUUCAGUUCUUAUGUUUGGAGCGAUUGAUGUGUCUCCGCUUUAUUCCAAAUACACAUAGUCUACUCUUGCAGUAGAGAAACAUACUGUCACCUGUACAAUUUAACACGAUUCAACACGACUUUGCUGCUAUAAAGUCUGCUGUCAUGAUGUCUGUAAUGUUCAGUUUUUAUAGAGCUGUUAAUAAAAUCAUAUAUUUAACAGUGUGGUCAUUGUUGGGGUGGUGUUGUAUUGGACUGCACAGUUUGUGGUUAAGUUAUGCCUUAUAGCUGUGAUGUCUAGGGAGCAGGAUUGUGUUCAUAUCUGCUGGACAUGUUUAUGUGCAUGACAAUUUGAAAAAUAACUUAUCUAUGUACGUAAUGAAAUGUGUUUCCAGUACUCUGCCCUCCUCAUAUAUGCACAUCGGGAGAAUAAAAAGAACUGAAACACUUCUCAAUAUAAUGUAGUCCAGUGCAACACCACUUUUAACUAUGACCUCAGCAAUAAACAUAAAAUCAGUUUUACACAUUUCAGUGUCAACAAAAGCUGAACACAAUGAGCCUUGUAAUAGUAACAUUCAUGACAAAUAUGUCUUACUGAAUUGCAACUGUGGCCACUGAGUGUAAAUUAAUUACCACUCAGAGGCAUUAUGCCCCCUAGGGGACACAGUUUCAGUUUCAUAACUCUGUGAGAUGUGUUUAUAUGUGUUUAUAUUUUCCCCUCACAGUGUAUUUGAUCUCAUUCGCGUUGUCAUUUUUGUUGAUCCAUCUGUUCCAUUUUAUUGUAAGAGGAAGAGUUGACAUUUGUAGACUCUUAGUUUGGUAUAAUUCAUUGGUUAUUUGCCCCUUUGUGUAUAUUUGCUUUAAUAUGUGUUUCUAUAAAUGUUAAAGGUCUGGUGUGUUGGAUUUAGUGUGAAGGUUUCCUGUGUGCCAAGCAUGUGGGAGAAAUCGGUGGCCGGCACGAAAACAUGAAAGCCAGUGUUUAGUUUCUCUACUCUGGGCUCCUUUUCACACAUGAAUUAUUAUGACCUCAGUCAAGAUAUUUGUUGAUAAGUGUUUUUAUUCCUCUUUAGGCAUGAAAAAAAAAAAUGAAGUUAAUUUUUUAAGGAGUUUUUUUUUUCAUAUCCACUUGGGCAGACAGCAUGUGUUUCAGUUUUAAACUAAAAAAAAUAUAACCCAUUAAAAAUAAAUGAUAUAAAUCAUGUGAAACUAUGAAAUCUAUUUUAAUGUUGAACUAGUGUGCUUUUUAGAAAUUCUAAUACUCUUUAAUGUCAUGCAAAAGUGUUGAACUUAACUCCUGACUCCUGAGCUUCUCCCCUCUCUCUUUCUACUCCUC